CGAGAUAGAUACGCCAAGGUGUCGUGACUGCGAGUUUCUUUUUUCUUUCGCCUUUUUCUUUCGCGAAGGUUCGCUAGGGCUAGGUAACCGGUGACGCGGCGGAGAAGAGAGGUGUUAUUUUCACGUAGAACUGCGGUGAAGGGGAACGAGCUGGACAGCUCGUCCUGUUACUCUACCCGUUUCCCAUCUGUAUAUCUCAAUCUCGUUUUCGGGCAAUAUGGCGGCCACGCCCACCCCCGGCGAUAGCGUCUCCGUCGCGCCCACGGCUGUCUCGCAUCAAAAUCAACACCAGCAUCAUCACCAUCUCCAUCACACGGGCCGGCGGCUGCGGCACUUUCUCAGGCCUGAUGGGCGGCGAGUGCACAUUGCGGGUUCGCCCGACGAAGCGGAGAAGCUGAAGCGCACGCUGAGUGUUAGCGAGAAGGAGGGGACGUUUGAUCUGGUGAUCCAUGGGACCGAGGAGCAUAUUGAGGCGCUGAGGGAUAGUCAGCAGUGGACGGAGGGGAAGCAGAGACGGAUGAGGGAGGAGCAUGGAGAUAUUGUCGAUGAGUUUGAACGCGUGAUUCGGGAACUUGAUACGCUUUCGGAGGAGCUGCAUGCGGUUUCGCGGCAUGCGGUGCAGUUGGAUGCGAAUUUUUCGAAGUAUGGGUAUUCGGCGCAUUUGAGGACAAGGGAAAGCCCCGAAGGCUCAUCGAACAACUCCACGUACGGCGAUGGAGCAAGUAGUCUGCAUGAAUCAAAAGCGGACUGGGACGCAGAAAAGGGUCAUGGGCAAAUCAUGAGUUUCUACAAGAAGCCAAUUGUCCGGCAAUAUUUCCACAAAGGCCUACUCUGGCGUGCCCAGGAAUCCCAGGAGGUAGCCAGCUAUGAACUCUUCGUGGAUCUCCUCUACGUCGGCAUCAUUGCCAUCUCCGGUGAUAAUGCUGCCGAGCACGCGACCGGCCAGUCUCUCCUCAAGUUUGCCAUUACAUUCAUCUUGGGGUGGAAGUUCUGGUCUGAUAUCUCGGUUCUCAUUGCCUGGUUCGAUUCCGAUGAUAUACUCCGGAGGUUCGCCGUAAUAUGGGUUCUUACCUGUCUACUCGGUUUCACCACUAACAUGGCAGACUUCAUGGAAGAGACGUAUGCCUCUCUCAUCGGCUUCUACCUCGCAGCUAGGCUGUUCAUGGCAUGCGCUUACGUGUGGCAUGGCUAUGUGAUUCCGAUGGUCCGAGCUGCAAUGAUAGCCAAUGCCAUUAGUCUAGUCGUCCCCUCAAUUAUUUGGAUCGGUAGCAUCCACGUCGAAGAGCCCAACCGGCAGGCUCUCAUCUGGAUCGCCAUCUUCCUCGACCUCUUCGGCGCCAGCAUAGUUGUAGCCUUCCAGCGCGGCGGCGCCUGGCUAAACUUCAGCCCCCGCCUCCUCGAAUGGACAAAGAAGCGCUUCGAGUUCUUCCCAGGCGCCAACAUCGAGCAUAAAAUCGAACGCACCGGCGCCUUUGUCACCCUCGUCUUCGGCUACUCCGUCGUCGGCCUCCUCUACGAGAACAAUGCCGCCUUCGGGAUCAACGCCUUCUUCGGCAAAGCCGUCCUCGGCCUCCUCCAAGCCUUCGCCUUCAACUGGCUCUACUUCGAAAUCGACAGCUUCAAUCUACACACCCACGCCAUCCGGCGGCACGUCUUCAGCGCGCUGACUUGGAUGAGCAUCCACCUCCCCUUCAUCAUGUCCUUCGUCAUCUCGUCCGCUGCCCUGAGCAAGCUCGUGCUCGCCCACGACACCCCGGACUCCGACCCCGAAACCCUCUACGAGACCUACCUCCCGCGCUCGGAGGCGGACAUCAGCAACGGCCAGCGCUGGUUCUACUGCGCCGGCCUCGGCAUCGCCCUCGCCUGCAUGGGCGUCAUCUCCAAGACGCACGUCUACAAAACCAUCCCAAAUCAACGCUUACUGAAGAACAAGCGGCUCGCCGUCCGCUUCGCCGUCGCCAUCAUCCUAAUCUGCCUCCCGCUAGCGGACGGUCUCAACUCGCUCGAGCUGAUCGCCACGACGACGGGGCUGGUCUGGGUCGUGCUGAUCGUCGAGUUGCUGGGGAGCACGUGCGUGCAGGAGAGCUUCUGGAAUAACUGUAGGGGGACGUGCCAGUACAGCGCGAGGUGCCGGGUCACGAAGAAGGAGCUGGAGGCGAGUAUGCGGAAUGGAACGGUGAUUAAUGUGGAGGAUAUUGCAAAGCGGGAGAAGGAGGAGAGUGGGGGGAUUGGGGAGAUUUAGGGGGAGUGUCGAUAGUAUCGCGCAGUAUACUUGACGUUCUGUCUAGACUUUAAGUGUUUAUUUCGCUACGUCUUCUCCCGCUCGUUUCCAUUUUCUUCGGUCCUUUGCCGAAUCACAUGUCCCCGGUAUUGAUCACGUUACUUUUCUGCUGACUAAUCUUCUUUUCUUCUUCCUCCGACUAUAAAGCCGGUCGUUCUCAAACCUCUUAUCUCCUCAGCGGUGUUCGACUGAGAACGGGUGUAAAAAGGAAAUCCGACAUGGCACUGCCGUAUGGGAGGUGGAGGUUGGUGUGGGGAUCAACAGCUAUCCGUCGACGUGCCCAUCGGGUGGAGUAGUCGGUGAAUCAAAAGGGCGUUCUGCUGCUUGAUGAGUGGAGUGGUGUUGGAUUAAAACAGCAGCAGCAAACAGGCUAUGGGCCAAAGACCGGCG